AUGAGGAACAGAGCCGAAAUCGCGUGGUAUCGUCCUCCGGGAAGUGGUCGAUACAGCGUCCUGCCCCACGGGGAACUGCAUAUCCGGCAGGCGACGAUAGCCGACGGUUUCAAGAGUUAUCGUUGUCGAACUCGCCAUGCGUUAAGCGGAGAGACUCAAUUGAGUGCCACCGCGGGCCGUCUCAUAAUCACUGACGCCCAGGGAGCUCAUCCUCCUCGACUCUCCGACACCCUCACGUCGGUCCGAGCGGAUGAGGGCUCAGCCGCAGAACUCACAUGCGUCGCUCAGGCGUUUCCUACACCGGUAUAUCGUUGGUUUCGCAAAGACAACUUCCACCCGCUGACUGAGCAGCGAGUUCUCCAGGCUGACGGUUCGCUGUACUUUGUCAAGACCAAGAUCCAGGACAGCGGGGUGUACGUGUGCGUCGUCAACAACACAGCGGGCGAACAGAUUCUCGAGAGUACUCUCACCGUAACAGCGCCUCUACAAGCCCACAUGACCCCGGAGCGAGUGCAGGUGGAGGCCGGUCGGAGCGCUACGCUCACUUGCAACGUUUCGGGAUGGCCUGUUGAUUCCAUCGUUUGGCUGAGGGACCAGAGGCCGCUGCAUCCACUGCAGGGCAUGGAAUCAUCAUCGUCCAAGUACCAACUGAUAUCUCCUCACGUUCUCCAUAUCCCAUCGCUGAGUCGGAACGAGCGAGGCGUCUACCAAUGCUACGCCAAGAAUCAAAGAGAUUCAGCUCAGGCCACCAGCGAAAUCGUCCUCGGAGAGAUCCCACCGAUGAUCACGGACGCUUUCAAGGAACGCAUCAUAGAUCCCGGUUCAAGUAGCCUCAGUCUGCACUGCAUUGCGUCAGGGACUCCGCUUCCUCAGGUUACUUGGACCCUCGAUGGCCUGCCCGUCCACGACAAUGAACGUGUGCGGACAGGAGAUUACGUUCGGCGGGGCGGCGACGUAGUUUCUCAUGUAAACAUCACAGAUGUUCGCGUCUCUGAUGGAGGCUACUAUGCAUGCAUAGCACGCAGCGACGUCGGUGAAAAGGUGCACGAAGCUCGUAUCAACAUCAGAGGUCCUCCCACCGUGCGCAGGAUGGAGGACAGGUACAUCAUAGCCGGAGAAACGGUGCGCAUCCAGUGUCCGUAUUCGGGAUAUCCCAUCUCGGAUAUCUUCUGGGAGAAGGACGGGCGCAGACUUCCCACGAAUCGCCGACAACACGUCUUCCCCAACGGAACGUUGGUGUUGACGACUUCUGUCAAAAACGAAGAUGAAGGACUGUACCGGUGCACGGCUCGCAACAAAGACGGCACUGCAGACUCGGGAACUCUUCGAGUCAAAGUUCAAGUGAAACCGGUUCUACAGCCGUUUGCCUUCCCCAAGGUCAUUCAGGAAGGUAUGAAAGUGGUUGUUACGUGUUCGGUGGCGGACGGAGAUGCCCCAUUCGAAGUUACAUGGCUUAGGAACGGAAGGGCCCUACCAGAAGACUCGGUGCGAGUGCAGAAGUACACUGAUGACUUUGCCACGCUGACCAUCGAGAAAGCUUCGCCAAGGCACAAUGGCGAUUACACGUGCACUGCACGUAACGCCUUCGCUCAGGUCAACUACACAUCCACGUUAACGGUCCACGUUCCACCGCGCUGGUCAAUCGAGCCCAAGGAUACAGAUGUUGUCGUGGGUCGUUCAGCGACGCUCGACUGCCAAGCUGAAGGAUAUCCCCACCCGCAGCUGCGAUGGGAAAAAGGCUCAGGCCAAGGCAACUACGAUCCCGUGACCACAAGUUACCACUAUCAAAUUUAUGAGAACGGCUCGCUCACCAUCCAAGACGUCACUAAAUCGGAUGCCGGUUUCUACCUGUGCCAGGCGACGAACGACGUCGGGCCGGGACUCAGUUCCGUCAUCUCGCUCAAUGUCCAUGUUGCGCCUGAAUUCAAAACGAAGUUCCACACGAACAUGGUCAGGAAAGAUGAAGACGUCAAAUUGACCUGUGAGGUCAAAGGAGACCAACCUAUCCAGAUUCAAUGGCACAAGGACAAAUUACCGUUGUUAGGCUUGGCUUCCAGUGAAACUGGCAUGUCCACCAAAGUACGCGAUGUCCCUAUAGCAGAGGGCACCAAAUCGGAGUUGACGUUGAGUCGUGUCGGCAGGAAGGAUUCCGCGUUAUACUCCUGCGUCGCAACAAAUAAAUAUGGCACCGACGAUACGAACAUACAGCUCAUUGUGCAGGAACCACCCGAUCCGCCGCGAGCUGUUAGGAUAAGCGAGGCUGCGUCGAGACACGUCAGGUUGACGUGGGAACCUCCGUUCAGCGGCAAUAGUCUCAUCACUCAAUACCGUAUCCAAAUACUUGAGACUGCUCGAGGGGCAGGAACUCGUGGGAGCUCCCCGCACAACGUCACAGUGACGUCUUCGGAGACGGCGAUUCAAAUAAAAAAUCUCAGGCCUUCUUCCUCUUACGACCUAGUUGUGAUCGCCGAAAACGGUGUAGGAGAAUCUCAACCGAGCGUCAAAGUUCCCUUCCAAACCGAGGGUGAAGUCCCCGAGGGUCCACCGGAACAGAUCAACGUGGAAGCUACCUCAUCGACGUCCUUACGGGUUUCUUGGAUGCCCCCUCCACCGCAUAUGCAGAACGGGGAAAUCCUCGGUUAUUAUGUCGGUUAUAAUGCCUCGGGCGAGAAGAUUCAAUAUAAAACUGUCGGCUCGUCAAACCAGCCGCGGGUCGAGACUGAACUGAAAGCUCUGCGAAAAUGGACGAGGUAUUCCGUCAGCGUUCAAGCCUACAAUAAGAAGGGUCCCGGUCCCCGCUCGGACCCGAUUACGAAGGCAACCAUGGAGGACGUACCGAGUCGGCCCCCGAGGAAAGUUGUCUGUGAAGCAAAAUCUUCCUCCAAGAUCAAGGUCACCUGGACGCCGCCCACGCAUAAUUCACUACACGGGCAUUUGGAGGGAUUCAAGGUCCGUUACAGGAAGACAGAAUCUUUCGAAGACGAGGACGACGAGCCCGUACUGGAAGCUAUCAUCAAAUCCGCCGACCAGCAAGAGUACGUUCUCGACAGUUUGGGCAAGUUCGCCAACUAUUCAAUACAAGUGCUCGCGCGAACACGUAAAGGCGACGGGAUCGAAAGCGAUCCCGUCUUCUGCAGGACGCUGGAAGACGUUCCCGGUCCUCCCGGAGACAUCAAGGCAUUGCCUUACCGGAAGCAAGCAAUCCUGGUGAGCUGGAAACUCCCAGAGGAGUGCAACGGAGUCAUCACCACCUACACACUCUACCAGCGAACCGUAGGCGAUAAACCGAACAGUCACAACAUGAGCAAACACCAGAUUGCGGCUUCGCAGCAUCAGUUCGAAGCGACCGGUCUCGAACUCAAUCGGAGGUACGAGUUUUGGGUUAGCGCGUCAACCCGGAUCGGUGAAGGAGAGUCCACGCGAGUCAUGUCGCAAUCUACGAGCGAUACAAUUCCCGCUCGGAUCGCGUCGUUCUCCGACAGAGUCUUCCUGGCCAAAGGCAGCUCGAUGACAUUGAAUUGUGUCAGCAUCGGAGUGCCCCCGGGCUCUAACAAGUGGCUCUUCCGAGGAGAGAAGCUUGACAAGAACAAAAACAAAUUCGCAGUACUCGGCAACGGCUCGGUCGUGCUCAGCGACGUCGGCGACGAGCACACGGGAAAUUACACCUGCCGGGUCGAGAACAGGCACGGAACCGAUGAGAUCAAUUACCAGGUUCAGAUCAAAGGCCUGCUUCCGGCACCCUCUGCCGUUUCCGUGGUGUCAGCAUCCAACUCUGAGCUGCGGAUUAGAUGGGAUCUACCACGAAAGUAUAUGAACGCCAUGCACAAGCUGAUACUCCACUAUCGACGGAAGUUCGGCGGCCAAUGGGAAGAGGUUGAGGUUUCUCCUAAACAGGACUGGUACCUCCUUGAGGGUCUGCAAUGUGGUACCAAAUAUCAGGUCUACCUCGUUGGGGUUCGAAGAUCUGGCGCUCUAGGAGAGGCGAGCGAUAUCAUUUCAGGACAAACGGAAGGUGGGGUCCCAUCCGCUCCUCUGCAAGAAGAUUUCGCCACUCCGAACGUCAGCGCCAUAUCUCUUGACCUCGGUGCGUGGAGUGAUGGCAACUGUCCCAUGAGAGCCUAUGUAAUUAACUAUCGACGACAGCAGGCGUCCAGCGAGAGAGGCGAAUGGAUACAAGUUCCCCACAGCCACGCUCAGGAUCGCGUUGUGAUUACGGGUUUGAAUCCAGCCACUUGGUACGAGAUCAAGGUCACAGCUUCCAACGAUGCGGGCUCCCAAGUUCACAUCUAUGCCGUGGCUACUCGGACGAUUCUUGGCGGAACGAUCGCUCCGGCCUUGGCCAACAGUUAUGAUGACAACUACGCGACAAACUCAAUUUUGGAAGAAGUUCAAAUAGUGGUUCCAGUCAUUGUUGCCGUGUUCGCUCUCACUGUCAUUCUGACCAUCAGUGGCUACGUGUGCAUUCGUCGACGACAGUUGAUGUUCCUCCAGCAAGGCCAACAGAGCCCACUGGGCAAUGGUAGCGCUCUGUACGAGAGGACUCGAGCCCCGUCUUCGGGAGAUACUCAAAAGAAAUUCAUCGAGUCGUGCGAUACUCUGCUGAGCGGGAGCAGUCCUCGCCACAUAAACAACUUCACGUCGACUUAUCAGGUGCCAGCCAAACUGGCAACCCCUGUCCCAAUGCAGUCUCAGCAUUGCACACUUGUGAGGAAUUCAGACACGAGAAUACAGUAUUAUGAAGAUGACAUUGUCGCGCCGUACGCGACCUUCCGUGUUGCCGGGAGUCAGGAGUCGGAGGUGUGCGCACGACGUGACAGCGCCAUCGCGCAGACUAUUGGAAACCACCAAAGUAUGCAAAUGAAUCCGAUCAACGUCCACAGUGGUCACCACACGCUGGGACACAACCAUCGGAACGGACCGGCGUCAAUCGGCGCUGGUGGAUCCGAGAAUCGGGAACGCCACGAUUCAGCGCAACUAUUCGACGAACUCCAAAAUCAAUACCAAGAGCUCUCUCCACGAAACAAGAUUUUAGUGUGUCAAACUUAUGACCCAACGAACUGGAUGAAUUCGACCCCCUUCCGGACAACGAGGGCACAGAAUCCACAGAGUUCUGAAGCAAGCGACGACACGUCGAGCGAGUGGUCGUCAUCGGCAGCGAGCUCAGCUUACCGUCCGGGCGCGGGAGGAGCGGCGGGCGGGCCCGGCGCCGCGGGCGUAUCGUCUCUCGAGCGCAAGAAGACACAAGCCAGGAGUCUCCCGUUGACGGCGAGUGCUUACGCCACUGUUGCGCGUCGAAGAGCCUCUCAGGAGCGUUGCAACCACCAUCCGCGGUGUGACGAGGGAUCGCCUACGAGGCAGGCGACGUCCCCACGAGAAGAGCUCACCGUAAUGCUCAACCAGAAUACGUUGACCGGGAGUGCUUUCCGCACGCCGCAGCCUGCCGCGCGUACAAGUAAACAACAAUUAAUGGAAUGGUAG